CCUAACAAACCUUAAAAAUCAGCAGCCAGUCUUCAUUCAUUUGACGAAUCCCUUUCUUUUUUCGCACUUUCUGCAUUUCAUUUCCAAAGAGAUUCAUUUAACAAACUAAGAAAACAAUGACUCAGAUAUCCCUUUAGAGAGCGAAUUUAUUCGCUAAAUAGUUACUCUGGUGUGUGAGCAAAUUGAGCUAGAUAUCAUCACUGUCAAAACAUUUCUCUUUCCCAAUCUUCAAAAGACUCAAUAUGGGUAUUCUUGUUUUACCAUUUUCUUGUCAUAUUGUCGAUGGUUCCUCAUCCCCAACUUGAAUUCGUCGAUUAUGUUCUCCUUCCAUCACAUUUAUCUUCCUCGACAGCCUGUGUAACAGAUCUGGGGAAGCCGUUUCUUAGAUAAGUAUCUUCUUCCAUAUUGAUUCCUUCCUAUGCUAAUAGAUGUGCCACUUUGUUCAUUUGUCUCCUUGCGUGUCUAAAUUUACAGGAAAUGAAGUAAUUUUUUAAUCUUUUAGCAUCAAUAAUGUAAGCCCUAAUUUCUAAUCUGUCUUCUUCUUCAGUUUUAAUCUUCUUUAUGACGGACAAAGCAUCGCCUUUAAUGUCACUUCUUAAGAAGCCUAAUUCAACCUCGAACUGUAUCGCUUGAACACAACGUCAAGGUUGAUUUUAACAUAAUUCUCCUCAAGGGGUCGCCAGUUUUCCUUUAUCAGUUUGUUAACAGUUUCUUCACUUUGCGAGCAUCUUGGACAGAUUAUGGAGCUUACCAGCUUUCGUCGAAAAAGAUUAGUUUGAGUAGGAAGGAAAAUAUUUAGAUUUUUUCAUACUAAUAUUUUAAUUUUCGAUGAUAAAUCCACAAGCCAAAGUUUCUUGUACAUAGAUUUGUAUUGGCUUUGCAAGGUUUGUAAAUUAAUGUCCUAAUCAUUUUGUAAUAAUAAUUUGUAACAUCAGCAUAUUGUGUAAGUCCCCGAAGCUUCUGCACUCCAUACAAUGUUAUCCGCUUCUUUUCAGUUGAGAGAGGAAUACACAAAAUCUUCUCAGCCUCAUCAUGGUGAAAACAUCUGGGACCCACGCUCCAUUCCAAAUUGAAAUUUGCUCACCAGACCUAACUCUCCAACAUAUCCCUUUUUCAAGAAGGUCUUUUACCGCCCAUAGACUUCUCCAGGUAAAAGAAGUUUGAGUGUGCAUACUCCAGGUUUAAUUUCCCGACCUCGAAUGGGAGAUAGUGAAGCAGUAGUUGCCGACUCAUCAGCAAUGAUGGAUUAUACUUCAGCAGCCUAUAAUUCUGCUGGUUCUGGCGCUUACUCCUCCCAGGCUACUGGAUAUCCUACUGCUUCUGGUGGUCAUCCAAAUUCUGCUGGUCAAGAAGGUCAAAGCAGUGAAAUGUAUGACGGUAAGCCAGCUGGUGGAUCAACAGAUGAGACUGCUGUUGCAGUUGGAAAUAGUGCAGCAGAUGCAUCAAAAGCUGCUGGUUGUAAUUAUCCUCUAAAUGGAAAUGUUGUUAAUGCAGCAGGAAAUGCAACCACAGUUGAGAAUGGAAAUGCUUUUGAUAAUUUAGGUGGUGCUUCUGCCGCACCAGAGUUUGUGGAUGGUUCUGCACCAACCAUGUCUGCUGAAGAAGAACGUUUAUGGAGUAUUUUGAGAGCCAAUUCAUUGGAUUUUAAUGCUUGGACUGCAUUGAUAGAGGAAACAGAGAAGGUUGCAGAGAACAAUAUACUGAAAAUUCGGAAGGUUUAUGAUGCUUUCUUGGCUGAGUUUCCUUUGUGUUAUGGUUAUUGGAAAAAGUAUGCGGAUCAUGAAGCACGCAUAGGCUCCAUGGACAAAGUUGUGGAGGUCUAUGAAAGAGCAGUUCAGGGUGUGACAUAUUCUGUGGAUAUCUGGGUGCUAUAUUGUGCUUUUGCCAUUGAAACAUAUGGAGAUCCAGAGACCAUCCGAAGGCUUUUUGAACGAGGAUUAGCAUAUGUUGGAACUGAUUAUCUAUCUUUCCCUCUUUGGGAUAAGUACAUUGAAUAUGAAUACAUGCACCAGGAGUGGAGUCGCCUUGCUGCUAUUUAUACUAGAAUAUUUGAGAACCCUAAUCAACAGCUAGAUAGGUAUUUCAACAGUUUCAAAGAGUUGGCUGGAAGUCGACCUUUGUCAGAAUUAAGAACUGCUGAGGAAGCUGCUGCCAAUGUAUCAGGUCCAGUUUCAGAGGCUGAUGGCCAAGUCAAUGAAAGAGAGGUUCAUCCUGAUGCUGCAGAACAAAUGCAGAAGCCUCUAACAGCUGGCUCAACAGAUGCAGAAGAGUUGGAGAAGUAUGUUGCCAUUAGAGAAGAGCUAUAUAAAAAGGCCAAAGAGCUCGAUUCUAAGAUCAUUGGUUUUGAAACAGCUAUCAGAAGGCCUUACUUUCAUGUGCGGCCCCUCAAUGUUGCUGAGCUUGAAAACUGGCAGAACUACCUGGACUUUAUAGAAAGAGAGGGUGACUUCAAUAAGGUGGUCAAAUUAUAUGAAAGGUGCCUUAUAGCAUGUGCCAAUUAUCCUGAGUACUGGAUACGAUAUGUUUUAUGUAUGGAAGCCAGUGGAAGCAUGGAUCUUGCUAAUAAUGCACUUGUGCGUGCUACGCAAGUCUUCGUCAAGAGGCAACCAGAGAUCCAUCUUUUUGCGGCUCGAUUCAAGGAGCAGAAUGGGGACAUAGAAGGUGCUCAAGCUGCGUUUCACCUUGUUCACAGUGAAAUAUCACCAGGUCUUCUUGAAGCAAUUAUCAAGCAUGCAAAUAUGGAAUGCCGUCUGGGGAAACUGGAAGAUGCCUUCUCUUUAUAUGAACAAGCUAUUGCCAUUGAAAAAGGAAAAGAGCAUUCUCAAACAUUACCAAUGCUGUAUGCACAAUAUUCUAGAUUUUCUUACUUGGUUUCUGGAAAUGCAAAGAAGGCCAGGGAAAUUUUAACUGGAGCACUUGACCAUGUCCACCUGUCUAAACCAUUCCUUGAGGCCUUAAUACAUUUUGAAACAAUUUUACCACCACCAAGGCAGAUUGAUUAUUUACAGUCAUUGGUUGACAAGUUUAUAUCCCCAAACUCAGAUGGCAGUGCUGCAGACAAGGAAGACCUAUCUAGCAUAUUUUUGGAGUUCUUGAGUCUCUUUGACGAUGUACAGUCCAUUAAAGAGGCAGAAGAUCGGCAUGCUAAGCUAUUUUUACCUCAUAGGCCCAUGUUGGAAUUAAGAAAACGUCAUGCUGAAGAAUUUUUAUCUUCAGAUAAGACAAAGCUUGUGAAAUCUUACUCUGGUGCCCCUUCACCUGGCCAGUCUUUGAUGGGUGCCUAUCCAAAUGCACAAAACCAGUGGCCAGCUGGUUAUGGGGCACAGCCUCAAACUUGGCCCCCUACUACACAGGCACAGGCACAGGCACAGGCACAACCAUGGACUUCUGGCUACAGCCAACAGGCUGCAUAUGGUGCAUAUAGCAGUUAUGGUAGCAAUUAUGCAGCUCCACAAGUGCCCACAUCAGUUCCACAAAUUGCCAGUUAUGGUGCUUACCCGGCUACAACAUAUCCAAUGCAGAGCUUUCCUCAGCAAAGUUAUGCUCAACCAGCUGCUGCCACGACUUUAACCCCAGCGCAGCAACCUCCUCCUGCUGCUGCUGCUGCAGCUCCUCAGGCUUAUUAUGGUGGACCUUACUAUUGAGUAUCCAGUUUCUUUGGUGUCCCUAAUUUUUCCUUAUUUGGGUCUUAUGCUUAUCGCGGACUGUUUCUAACAUGGAACAGCUAAUCAGUUAAGCGGAGGUGGACAUUUUUGGGUCUUCGAGCGGGGGUUAGAUUUUGAGAAUACUAAUAUGUUUUAGUUGACAGUAGUAUUGUGGUGUCCUUUUUUUCACUUCCAAUUUUAGAUUUUUUUUGUGUGAAGUUUGUACAAAUGUUAGUAAAAUUAUGAUGUGAUCUGUAGUUGGGUUUCUUAUUUAAGUGACCAAAUUGGAAAAAGUAAACACGAAGAAGGAACUUUUAAUUUCCAGAAUAGGUGCAAAUUUUGGUUAGAA